CCCGUCGUGGCUGCGGCUGCGGCGCGGUCGGGGCGUCGAGGAGCCGCUGGCGUCGCCCAGGGGCUGCUGCGCGGGCGGGCGGGGAGCAGAGGAAGCGGCAGAGAGGUUUUUGAAAAGUUAACUGUUUUAAGAAGAGGCCUUACACUGUCAUUGGGGACCUUUGUGGGUUAUGAAGCUUAUAAUUUGAUUUCUUGUGUUACUGAAGUGCACGCAAGUUUCAAAGAUGUCUCUGAAGAAAUCUUAGACCAAGCAGACUACCUGUAUGGGAGUGGGGAAACUGAAAAGCUCUAUCAGUUGCUGGUCCAACACAAAAACAGCGAGGAUGCGGAAUUACUGUGGCGUCUGGCACGAGCAUCUCGCGAUCUAGCCCAGCUUAGUAGAACAUCUGCAGAGGAGAAAAAGCAACUGAUUUAUGAAGCUCUUGAAUAUGCAAAGAAGGCACUAGAAAAAAAUGAGGCAAAUUUUGCAGCCCACAAGUGGUAUGCUAUCUGCAUCAGUGAUGUUGGGGAAUACGAAGGAAUUAAAGCAAAGAUUGCAAAUGCUUUUAUUAUCAAGGAACAUUUCCAGAAAGCAAUCGAACUGAAUCCCAAAGAUGCUACUUCAGUUCACCUUAUGGGCAUUUGGUGUUACUCUUUUGCUGACAUGCCAUGGUACCAAAGCAAAAUAGCUGCAGUGCUAUUUGCUACACCACCAAGCUCCACCUAUGAAGAGGCCCUUCACUACUUUCAGAUGGCUGAAAAAGCUGAACCAAACUUCUACAGUAAAAAUUUGCUGUAUCUAGGGAAGACAUACUUGAAGUUAAACAACAAAAAGAUGGCCCUAUUGUGGUUAACAAAAGCCAAGGAAUAUCCAGCACACACAGAGGAGGAUACACAGUACCUUGAUGAAGCCUUGAGGUCCUCUUCCUUGUUUUGCUUGAAUUUUGACCAAGGGUUGUUCCUUUACUACUUCGCUUCAUGAAAAUUAUGGGAUCCUGGAAGACCGCUACAGUUGUGGAAAUAAUAAACAAA